UUGUUCGCUUUGCACUCACACAUCAUGGCUUCCGGGUCCAUGAGGGAAACGGUCAAAAGCCUCCAUACCAUCUUCUCCGUUCCGGCUGUCCCAUAUCCGCUCCCCGACGGCAUCAAGGAAACAAUCCAGAGCUUCCUCGAUCGGUAUGCCAACAUCGACGACCACGACUCCCAGCGCUUCCACGAUGACCUCUAUUCGCUUUACACAAAACAUGUUGCCGGCCAGCCGGACAAGAUCCCAACCUUCUUGCAACUCCUGAACAUUUCGCGCCCUGCCUUGACGGGCGAAAUGAGGUGGAAGGAAUGGUGGGAUGUCGUGCUGAAGCCCACCAUCGACAGCGUGGGUCACAAGAGGCAUGAGGUUGAAGAGGCAAGGGAUCUACUGCGGUCCAUAUUACUCUACGAUGCCGACGACGACAAGGACGGAGACCACAGCCGUCUCUCUAACCUGUUCCUAGGGAACCUGGUGGACAUCUACCUGGCCAGGACCAAGGUACCCUCGACGGCCGAUCACAUCAAUUCCCAGGAGGACGACCAUGUCUCACAGGAAAUCGAAUCCGUUUUGGUAGCUUUUGGGCGGAAACGUCCCAAGGAGCUGCUUGCUGCAGUGGACCAUCUCUUCGUUCAGAAGCAGCAUCGUGUCCAGGCUCUCAUACUGCUAAAUGCAUUUGUUCGGUUGCAGACACCUCACCUACACCUUGUACUCGAAACCUCCAUCAUCCAGCACCUCGAGAAAUGUCUGUUGAUCGAUACAUCCCCAACCGUCGUCAGCCAGGCUCUCAUGAUUCUCAUCAUGUUUCUGCCCCACAUAACUGCCAAUCUGAAGUCCGACCAUCACCUAUCCCGACUUUUCCUCAUCUAUAGCCGGAUACUAUGCUGGGACAAGCUCGACACCCCCAACGACGUUGUAGCCCAAGAUGCAUCAUCCGAUGAGGAGGAAGAUCAAGGCGACGAGGAGGAAGAUUCAGAACCCGCCUGGGAGAAGUUAGACCAAUCCGCCGACUCUAUGGAUACCUCGCCUCCAACGCUGCUGCACUACUAUACCUUUCUCUACGGGUUGUUUCCACUGAAUUUUAUGAGCUUCAUUCGCAAACCUAGGAAGUUUCUCAAGUCGCUCAACUUUCCUGGCGCCGACGAUUUCGACCUGGAUCAGGAUCUAAUCCAUUCACGGACCGAGCCUUAUCGUCGUGUUCAUUUGUUGCAUCCCAACAUGUUCACUACCACAGUUGAAGACGAGUUGAACGAAAAUCGCUGGUUGAACAGUGAUCCUGCUGAUGUGGUCAUGGAAUGCAUGGACUUAUGCGUAGCAGUAUCAACCACUCUGGACGAUCCUGGGCCACCGCCGGCCACUAAGCUUCCCGACCUUCCUUCACCUCCCAAUUCCAACACUCCUCUCCCAAGAGCCGAAUUCGAUGAUGGCUCCACAAUUACUGGGUCGACAGCUAGCUGGAGGAACACGCAGUCGACAACCGUUGCUUCAUCUACCAAUGGCCAGUCCGACUUGCCCGAAAGUCCCGAGGAAGCACCCAAGAUUAAGUCAAUUAGAUCGGAAUACUCUGCCUCUCCUUUGCUAAAAUGCAAAGAUGUAUUGGACUCCCCUACUCUUCCACCCAUGAAAGAUGCCACCAAGAAGAAUCACUUUCUCGGGGCGCCUCUGGCCAUGCCGCAACGCCUUGUCGUUCCCUCCCCGAGCAUAGAUAACAUUUCAGCCCUGGCUAAUACUGUCGGCUCCCCCACUCAUUCCGAGUUUCAGAACCUAAGCAUGGCUGCUUUACAGAGGGAAAUUAUGCUUUUGCGCAACGAUCUGAAUUUUGAGCGCUACAUGAAGUCUCAGCACCUUUCUCAUAUUGGGCAGCUCCAACGCAAGCAACUCAAAGAAGCUACUGCUGAAGCGGACACCCAAAAUCUUAUCAACACUAACAAGACAUUGAAAGCCCGGCUCACAAAAAUGAACGAACAGUAUGCGCAGCUCAAGAAAGAGACCCUCACCAGUCGCAGCCAGUCCAAGAAAUGGGAGGGAGAGUUGAGUGGGAAAGUCCGUUCCUAUAGGGACGAUCAAAAAUCAUGGCAAAGCGAAGAGGAGUCUCUGCGUUUUGAGCUCAACAAGACGCGGGCUGACUUUGAUCAUCUCAAGAAAAUUGUCGAAAGAGCAGAAGCUGAGCAAUUGCGCGCCCAGCAGCGAACCCAUGCCCUCGAAGUUGAACUUAAAGAUUAUGGUCAGAUGCGUCGAGAACUAGAAGCUGCCCAAGACAAGAUAAUCGGGUUUGGAGAUCAGUCGAAAGAUCUCAGUCUCAUGAUUCAGCAGCGCAACGAGCUACGGAAUGAGCUUGAGAGUGCCAACUUACGAUAUAGCAGUCUUGAACUCGACCGCCAACGAUCAGUUCAAGCCUACGAACGUCGUAUCAUGGAGCUUGAGUCACAACUACAUCGCAGUGACAGACCAGUCGGAAGACCUGGGCAGCUACCACCCUCUGUACAGCAGAUGCUCGACUCAGCGCUGGCAUCCAACAACGCGAAAUUGGCAAACAUGAAAAAAAUGUAUCAUCGCCUUCAAGAUCAAAGAACUGAGCUCGAAAUGCAGUAUCACGAGCUAGAUGCUGAGCACCAAGCCCUUUUGGGCAAGCUGCGCAACAACGAUCGAGCCGGCUAUGCUUCCGAGAAAGACACUCCCGUGCGAAACUUUAGCCUCGUCAAUAGCCAUCGUAACAGUCGGGUCCAUGAAUCGAAUUUCACACAGCCCAAUUAUGCCGACCUUCCGGAAGGACACGACCCUUAUGCCGAUUAUCAAUCACCGGAAUACCGGUCUCCCACCUCCCCUACGUCUACAUCGACAUCGCGACCAGUACGAUAUGAAUCGAUGCCGCUACAGCGACCUUACCGAGGCCAGCGAGAUCAUCUUUCUGAGGCUUAUGAAGAUCAUCUUGAUGCUCAAAUUCAGAACCAGAGAACUCCCGAAGUUCCAGCAUCAAGCGGAAAGAGCGCCUACUCUGUCGACACGAACAGUAGCAAGGGGGACAAGAAGGACAAGGCAGCCGCAGCACCUAAGCCAGAGCUGCGUAUAUAUGGGCGUGGCGGCGCACAAAACAUUUCUAGCCUCAAGAAGAAGGAGAAGGAAGCCAAGGAGCCUUCCUCUAAAAAGACGGGGGGUUUCCGCGGCUUGAAAGGCAUUAUGUAAUCUACCAUUCUUUUAUCAUUAUGACGACCAUUCACUUUAGCGAUUGCAUUUUCUGGGCGGAUGAUUUUUGAUCGACUUUGAGUCACAUUGUUCAAAUUCUUGACAACCUUAUCUUCAUUGCUUUUUUUUUCUUGUAUUCUCGCUUCGUCUUGUGCCCCGGCCCGUAUUUACAGGGUAUCCUUCCCGCAGGUCUUUAUGGGAGGGAAUAGAGAGAUCGAAAAGUUCAAAGAUGUAUAACCACAUAUAUUUCUGAUGUUUUUACUUUUCCGAACAUAACCACUCUUGUCGGCAUCCUUUGCAUGGAAGGAGCACCAGUUGGAAACGCCGACUGCACGAUUGACAUUGAAAAAUCGGGGAACUCCAUCUCUCUGCCAAGUCCGUUCACCUUCUCAAACACAUUGAUCGGUGAGCAACAAUCAAAAGAAAAAUAACAUGCACAAAAUCCCCUUUUGUGACUAGGCCAACAAUGAACGUUCCUGUUAACACCCGCACUUUCCCCCCACGCAUCAGGCACGGCCUUAACACCCCCCACAUAUAAACACCUGCCGCUCGCCAGAAAUACGUAAGGAAAGCAAACAAUAAAUAACAAGCGCGCGUUUACAAAAUGUGGGCCGCUUCGUAUC